UCGCGUCGGGUGGGCACCUCUUUGACCAGUAGCCAUGCGCGACUUGGAGGAGCCAGGGCCUCGCCCCACAGCGACCCCUUGCGGGUGCGUGAAGCCGGCUCUGGAGACAGGUAACUUCCGAGAGGCUUGCGGUUUCGCACGCAGAACAGGCCCAGGCAAUCUUUUAACUGAGCCAAUUGGCUACUUAGAAUCCUGUUUCUCCGCCAAGAAUGGUACUCCAAGGCAGCCAUCCAUUUGUAGCCAUUCAAGGGCUUGUUUGAAAAUUAGAAAGAGCAUCUUUAAUAAUCCUGAACAUUCCUUGAUGGGCUUAGAACAGUUUUCUCAUGUUUGGAUUUUGUUUGUUUUUCACAAAAAUGGUCAUUUGAGCUGCAAGGCAAAAGUGCAGCCUCCUAGGCUGAAUGGUGCGAAAACUGGAGUUUUCUCCACAAGGAGCCCACAUCGUCCCAAUGCAAUAGGACUGACCCUGGCCAAACUGGAAAAGGUUGAAGGUGGAGCUAUAUACCUUUCUGGAAUUGAUAUGAUUCAUGGCACACCUGUACUGGACAUAAAGCCCUACAUAGCUGAUUAUGACUCACCACAAAAUCUGAUCGAGCCUUUCGGGGAAUUUAAUUUACAUACUAACCAACACAAACCAAAAACCGUGUCCUGGUCUGGUGGCAAGGCUGACACUGGUGCCCAGCAGCAGCUCUCAGGGUGUGAUGAACCACAACCUUGCAGUCACACGGAGGAGAAACCUAAAUGUGCCGAAGGUAGAUCUGCGGGAGAAAACGACAUGCAACAUGACGACACAGCCAGAAGCCAGCGAAGCUCGCCUAAGCACGGGGAGAUAGCAGCAGACUUGGGCUUAGAAUCAAGACGGGGUCAGGGUCCGAAUGCGGCAGAGCAGCAAAUUGGCCCAUAUCUCUUGGAGAAGAGUCUUUCAGAGGAAGGUACAGAUAAGAGGCUCAGGAGAGGGGAAGCAGCAGUGGUCCCACAAGGAGACAGCAAGGAAGUGAAGCCCGUGGCUCUUCACUGCCCUUCCAGCAUGGCUGACACAGCUCACGGCAGUGUGGUUCCCGCCUGGGUGCGAGAGGCCCCCGUGGCCACCUUGGAGGUCCGGUUUACUCCUCACGCAGAGAUGGACCUUGGGCACCUCAGUUCAGAAGAUAUCGGUCAGGCUUCAUUUAAAUAUUUUCAGUCAGCAGAGGAAGCAAGGCGUGCCAUUGAGUCUGUGUUGUCAGCUGACCCUCGGUCUGUGUAUCGACGGAAGCUCUGCCAGGACCGCCUUUUCUACUUUACUAUAGACAUGGCACAUGUCACUUGCUGGUUUGGUGAUGGCUUUGCAGAAGUUCUACGGAUCAAACCAGCUUCUGAGCCCGUUCAGAUGACUGACCCUGCAGAGUCCUUGGUGUCUCUGGGAUCGUAAGUAGCCUCCAGCACGUCUUUAAGAUAGCCUAACUGACUUCCAAUUGGCUGGUGGAUUUUCUGUACAAGUUAAUGAUGUGCCUUCUUUGCAGAGCUCACUGCUGUGAUUGAUUUGGGUUAUUCAAAAUAUUUAUUUGAAAAACACAUAUUUUAAUAAACCAAGAGAUAAAAUUGAAAGAAAUUGCUGUAUGCUUU